AUGGUCGCACACACAAAGACCAAAGCAGUUGCGCCCCUUACGGCUCGCGAGCCCAAGCAAAAAGCAAAGGCAAAAGCAAAGGCAGAGCCUCAAGAACAAGAUGUCUCUACUAGCCAUGCUGAGCAAGAUCGCAAGGGCAAGCGCAAAGCCAAGUCCGAGCCGGAGAAGCGCGCAGCACGCUACCGAUCGUCAUGUCCCCAGACCGUCGAGUCCCGCCGACAGCGUGCAAUAGGUCAGAGGAUGUACUUUGUAGGCCGUGAACAAGUAGGAGCCAGUCAAGAGUUCAAGAUCAUCGGUUCCGUGGGCAAUGUGUACACGACCGUCAUCUCGACCGAGCCAACAUGCGACUGCCCAGAUGCCGAGAAGGGCAAUACAUGCAAGCAUCUCAUAUUCACUUUCCUCAAGGUCCUCAAGGUUCCCGUGGCUUCCGACGUCUGGUACCAGAAAGCCUUACUUCCCAGCGAAUUGGAAGCAGUCUUUGCAAAUGCGCCUCCAAAUCCAACCGAUGUCGUCUCGCGGCGCGCUCGAGAGGCGUACAAGCUCGCGACGGGUCAGACUGAGCCCGACGAUGCGAACGAUGAAGCGCAAGACGACGCAAACAUGCACAAGCGACGCUUGCCGUCCGAAGGCGACUCCUGCCCGAUCUGCUAUGAAGAAUUCAGCGAGUCCGAGAUCACUGACGGAACCGGCCUUGUCUUCUGCGCAGGCACAGAGGCGCAGCCGGGCUGUGGCAAUGGUCUACAUGCAGCUUGCCAGAAGCAGUGGCAAAAACGAGGCGCAGACAAGAGCGGAAGCUGCGUCUUCUGCAGAGCUCCGUUUGGCUCAGAUGCGUUUCCCCUUGGCGAAGAUUCCACGACCUACAAUGAAGGCUAUCUCAACGUCUCUGAGGCUGCUGGUCUGUCGACCGAACGCGACACAAGCACUUAUUACAGUCGGCCCUUCUUCAGCCAGGACUAUCGCCAAACCGGCCGUCGUCGCAAAGGGAGGUACCGCCAUUGGCGCAGUUAA